AUGUCACUCUACCAGUCAUGCCUCAACCUCAUCGAGCGUCUGGCUGGAGUGCCAGAUUUUGAGCAAUACCUCGACCCAGACGUGCUCCAUCAUCUCCAGGCCGACUCUGCCUGGGGAGCCUCCACCCCCAACGAUCCCGUCACCCAACUCUGGAUCCUCUUUCGCCUAGGAACUCCACUCGCCUGCAUCCUCAACGGGCUCCGACCUCACCAACAAGUCAACAUCCAAUCCGCAGAACUCUCCCUCGCCAACGUUAAUGGGUGCAAAGAGUUUGUCUUUCAUUUCAUUGUCGCUUGCCUCCAGGACUUCAAGUUUGAGAAGGAGAACGUCUUUACCAUCUCUGAACUUUACCAUGACAACACCAAUGGUUUUGUGAAGGCCGUCCAUUGUCUUGUCAAUAUGCAAUUGAAGUAA